UCCCUUCAAAGGCAAACAGUGAGCAGAGUGUACAUAUGGCGGAAAACAAAUGGCUCUUGGUACCAUGUUGUGGAAAUUAUCUCUCUUCGGUAGAUAAAGAAACAAGGCCAGCCCAGGUGGCACUGGUGAGUCCCCCCUCCAUCACACGGUUCAUUUGUGACGUGUGCACCAGCCUCUCUGAGAAAACGCCAACCCUACACUGGGUGCCCUCAGAACUUGCCUGUUUUUUUGUCCUCUGAGUUUGUGUGGACACUCGUCUCCAUCAUGUCUGUUACCGCCUGCCAGGGCUUGGGCUUUGUGGUUUCACUGAUCGGGUUUGCAGGCGUCAUUGCAGCCACUUGUAUGGACCAGUGGAGCACCCAGGACUUAUACAACAACCCAGUGACGGCUGUAUUCAACUACCAAGGCCUAUGGCGUUCUUGUGUCCGAGAGAGCUCUGGCUUCACGGAGUGCCGAGGUUACUUCACCCUGCUGGGGUUGCCAGCCAUGUUGCAAGCAGUACGAGCCCUCAUGAUCGUGGGCAUUGUUCUGGGCGUCAUCGGUAUUCUAGUGUCCAUCUUUGCCCUGAAGUGCAUUCGGAUUGGCAGCAUGGAUGAUUCUGCCAAGGCCAAGAUGACCCUGACCUCAGGCAUCCUGUUCAUCAUCUCAGGAAUCUGUGCAAUUAUUGGUGUGUCCGUGUUUGCCAACAUGCUGGUUACCAACUUCUGGAUGUCCACAGCUAACAUGUACAGCGGCAUGGGUGGGAUGGUGCAGACCGUUCAGACAAGGUACACCUUUGGUGCAGCUCUAUUCGUGGGCUGGGUCGCUGGAGGCCUCACACUAAUUGGGGGCGUGAUGAUGUGCAUUGCCUGCCGUGGUCUGACACCGGAUGACAGCAACUUCAAAGCCGUGUCUUACCACGCCUCUGGCCAAAAUGUUGCCUACAAGCCUGGAGGCUACAAGGCCAGCACUGGCUUUGGGUCCAACAUCAGAAACAAGAAGAUCUAUGAUGGAGGUGCCCGCACAGAGGAAGAUGAACAAUCUCAUCCUACCAAGUAUGACUAUGUAUAAGGCUCUAAGAUACCCCCACAUCGGGUGCCGAAGAAACCCUUCCCCAAGAAGAGCUCGCCCCAAACCAAGGACAUUCUACCUUGUUUCAUUAUUGCUUUUGACUGACAAUGGGAAACUUGUAAAGCCUUAAUUUCAUCCAUGGUGAGGUUAGACAGUCUUGGCCACGCAUCUCUGUCUCUAAACAGUCCGUCACAAAACAGCUGAGUUAUCAUUUAUGAGUUAGAGGCCAUAGCCGCUCACCUAUCCCAGUCCUCUGCCUUUCACUGUAGACUAAAUAGAAUGGUACUUGAUACGCUGACAGAUACUUGAUGGCUUAGACAACCUUUCCCUCUCAUAUUUAAUGAACCUGUUGAGGAUCUAUUUCCCAGCUUGACCCCCAAGUAAAAUUUUUAAAGGGAAAAAAUUUUUCCCUUUAUUCCUACUAAUUUUGCCUUACCCAUCCCCAACUUGACUAAUAAUCAUAGUGAACAGUGAUUAAAAAGAUAAUAAAGGAGAGACAGUUGCAGUCUCUCCGACCUCCACUCAGAGCCGCUCCUGUGGCGAUCUCAUGCUAUCAGCCACAGGGGUUUUCAGGUGAGGCAAACCAGACUGUCUCCUUCUCUUGGCUUCUGCUGAUUUCAACCAGACUGUGCCAGAACUUUCCACCCGGGGCCCUCCUUCUGUCAGAAUUCAGAAAUUUUUCUGAGAAGAGAAAGAAGUGGAUUUUUUGGUAACCUGAGUUCUAUGUGCAGUUAUAAUAAAUAGUACAUUAGCAAAAUGGUAUAUAAUAUCUCUGUGAAUUGGCCUCACCCUUACAUAUAGAAAUAUCUGGGGGUGGGGAUCAUUCCUUGUUAUUGUCCAUAUUGUACUCAAUAAGGUUCUACAUAAAUCCAAACAUCAUGAAAAGCUUACUGAUCCUAAUUGUUUUCUUUUGAGAUCUCUGUAACCUAAGUACUCAUAAGUACAGCCCUUGUUUUUACAAAGUCAAAUCCCAAAUCCUAGAAAGUAGCUUAAAACUGGUUCUUUUUGCAAAAGGACUAGUUAGCCUGUGCCUCUUCACCGGCGCAGCUCCAGUCCCUGCCAGUUAACAGUGGCACUUCCUGGAUCCUGUGGUCAGUUUUGUGGUUCUGACAGUUGCACCGGGCAUUAAUAUGUGGGCCACACCCUCCUCUGUGCUUAUAGGAGAAAACACGAACUCCAUCCCAGCAUGCAGCUGGAAUAGGCUCCCAGGAAAUGGAGAUAAGGAUGCUCACUAAAACCCACCCAAGCCCAGAACAGCAGUGGUGCUGUCCUGGCCAAGGCGUUGUCAUAGAGGAAAGGGCAGUCCUUACAUUAAUAGUGCAUAUAAAAGUGACCUCCAGGGGGUCAGAGAAUACUCAGGGCUGUUUCCAGGGUAACGCAGAGUCAUUCCCACGGGACACCGGUGGUUUUAGGCUAUGUUGAAGAGGGCCUUCCUAAAACUGACUUUAAAAAAAUGAACAGAUCAAACAAUUCAAGAGAGGAGGGAGAGAAGGAGGUGGAAAUGAGCUAUUGAAGGCAUGAAAGUUAUUAAAGUUCUUGGGGCCAAACAGAAGGUCAUCCCUUUGAGACCACAAAUACAGUGAGUUUCUUCCCCUCACCCCCAACUACCCACCCACCAGAAAAUCCCCGGCCAGGCUGGAGGCAGUGAGACUCAGCUGUUUUCAGUCAGUAGUUCUCAAACAUGUCACUGGUUGUUUUGUUUUUGUUUUUUACUUUUGUUUUUUCAAGGCAGGGUUUCUCUGUAUCUUUGCCUGUUCUGGAACUUGCUCUGUAGACCACGCUGGCCUUAAAUUCAGAGAUCAUCCUUCCUCUGCCCCCUGAGUUCUGGGAUUAAAGGCGUGUGUCAUCACUGCCACCACCACCUGGCUUAACACAUGACUGUUUAAAAGCUUCCCUUGAGACUGUGCUCUGUCAUCCUUUUGUUAUUGCUGUCUUAUUGUAUGCAUUGAGUAUUAACCUCCAUGUUUUGUUACUUAAAUAUUAAAAACCCUGUUAACUU